AUCUGCCAAAAGGGGCCUCGGAGCGGGUUCGUUAUUAUUUAUUGCGAACAGAGAAAAAAAGAACGGAAUUUUGGGGGGGUCUACUGCAUUUAAAAGCACCCCAGCAGAAGAGCCACAAGGCUUAGCGGCUUGACGGAGCGAUCAAUGUGCGGACAACUUUACACGGGAAAUCCGAGAAACGGGCCGACCGGCCACUUUUUAGCUGCUGUUAUUUGUAUGUAAUUCGUCGUAAUUUAUUUCGUUACAGUUUCCAAAAUCUUUUAAAACCUCAAGUGCGUGUCUUUAUCUUUGACAGUUCGGUUGGGCUAGUGCACGUUUUGACGUAACCUUGUAAGUCACUCGAAACCCUAAAAAACAAAAAAAAAAGUUUUCUUAAAAAUUUCUGUAUUAAGCCAUUUUAAUAUUUGACGUCACACGGCAAAUUAAAAGAGGCGUUUUUCCCUUAACGUCGCCGUGUUAAGAUAUUUUAAUCGCUGCUGGGUGGUCGAUCUCGUCCGUCACCUCCUUCUAAAUUAGGAACUUGCUGCCCCUCCACACACAGACACACUAAAACUCGGCCGAUCAUGGACGAAAACCGCAACCCUGAGGAGUACCUGCUGGAUUUCGGAAACAAGGAGCAGUGGGACCUGCACACGGAGCUGAAGAACCUGCAGAAUCGCAUCCGCCACAAGUCAGGUACCUGGGAUUCCAGUAACUAUGAUGUUGUACCAGAAAUAGAGUCCCUGUCACGCCAGGAGCAGUCUGAGCCCAGCCCACUAAGUUCAUCCACUGGUCACAACAUUCGAAACAGACGCCUGGCGACUGCAGGAAACAGCGGAGGAGGAGGUGGGGCCGCAUUAUUAGGGGUCGGGGGUCGGAGCUCUGGGACCCCUGUCCCCUAUAAUAGCCACUAUCACCACCACCACCAUCACCACCACCAUCAGCCACAGCAGGAUGGCCGCCGCUCCCCCCGGAUUUGGAAUGAGUACCGGAAGGACAGAGACCGUAGGUGGAGUAGCGGAAAAAUGUGGGAGAACAGCCAGCGGCGCUCCUGGAACCACUCACAUGGAGGCGGUGGCGAGGCCACAGGGGAGAAGGCCGCUGCCCUGGGCACACAAACCAAACCAGAGAAAAUCAAAGUGGACGAUGUCUCUGCCUGGACCCUGUUCAAACCCCCGCCCGCUUUCCCUGUGGAUAACAGCAGCGCAAAGAUUGUCCCCAAAAUCAGCUAUGCCUCUAAAGUCAAGGGCAACCUGCAGCAUCGGCAGGUGGGGUCUGGCUCUAUGGGGGGUGAGGAGCCCCAGAGUCUGGGGGCCAUUUUUCAGAACGAGUGGGGACUUUCAUUUAUUAAUGAGCCAAGUGGCUCGGAAAACACGGACCCAGCUGAGGGGUUGAACAGCAAGACAGACAGUGACCCCGUCACACAACCCGCACCUCACUUUGGAAACGGGGUGACACCUGAGCCCCCUGCCAUAAUGGACACAGAUAGGUUGGCUCGCCUACCCACCCCAUCCCAGGAGCCCGAAGAACCCUGCGCAGAGCAGCCCCCAGAGAUGCAUUACAGUCUGAUGGAGGCGCUGCGCUACCACGCCCAAGCCUGGGAGCAGACCUGCAUGAGGCACAAGCAAGAUCCCAAACUGGUCGUUUGGUACGAGGAAUCGCUGGAACAGCCGGCCUAGCAGACAUCAUAAGAGCACGAAACCCUUCCCACGAAGAAGAGUCCACAUAAAGACCCCUGUUGUCCCCACCCACCCCUUUUUUUUCUUUUUCAUCCACAGUUUAAGAUACUACCACGUUGUGUUUUGUUUUUUUUUGGUUGUCCAAGGACUCAGUGGUGCCCUUGCACUCGGGUCCUGCCCACCUGCCCAUGACCUGCACACUGCAGCUUUUGCUCCGUUUUUCUUAAUGUGGGUGCAGAUGGGGGGGGGGAUUGGCUAGCACCUGCCCCCCCUUUCAUCGGAGGAGAGCAGCGGGGCCCCCAUCUGUGGUGUCACAGGUUGUGAGUGCGUCAUCUCGGCUACUACAGAGUUAAAGGAACGAACGAACGGGGUCGUAAUUUAAACAAAUGUAUGCAGCAAAAAACUUGUCUAAUUUAAGUAGUUUUUUGUUAGGUUUUUUUUUUUUUUUUUUUUCUAAUAGGGAAUGAAAGUUUUAAAACAAAGAAAAAAAAAAUUAUUCCAGGGCUAAAUUCCUUUCUAAUUUUAUUUGUAAUCAUUACGUGCAUUCAUCCGCUCGGCACCCUUUUGGUUUGGUUUGGCCCCAGAAUAAAGAAUUCUAUAUUCUAAUUCA